UCUUAUUCCGACGUUAUGUCUGGGCGCGGCAAGCAGGGCGGCAAGGCGCGCGCCAAGGCUAAGACGCGCUCGUCGCGGGCCGGGCUGCAGUUCCCCGUGGGCCGCGUGCACCGCCUGCUGCGCAAGGGCAACUACUCCGAGCGCGUGGGCGCCGGCGCGCCGGUGUACCUGGCCGCGGUGCUGGAGUACCUGACGGCCGAGAUCCUGGAGCUGGCGGGCAACGCGGCGCGCGACAACAAGAAGACGCGCAUCAUCCCGCGCCACCUGCAGCUGGCCAUCCGCAACGACGAGGAGCUCAACAAGCUGCUGGGCAAGGUGACGAUCGCGCAGGGCGGCGUCCUGCCCAACAUCCAGGCCGUGCUGCUGCCCAAGAAGACCGAGAGCCACCACAAGGCCAAGGGGAAGUGAAUGAAUUAACAUCAGUGUAUGCAGUUGCCACCUUUUCUUUAACCCAAAGGCUCUUUUCAGAGCCGUCCACAUUUU